AUGGUGUUCCGUUUUAGGAUAAGCAGCGAGAGUAGUGAGAGCAGUGUAGAGCCCCAGGGGCCGGGCUCCUAUGAGCCGGCCCUCACGGACCAUUAUGAAGUUCUGCAGGGCAUUGGGGAAGGCGGCUUCGCCAAGGUGAAGCUCGCCUGCCAUCGCCUCACGGGGACAGAGGUUGUGGUGAAGGUCGUGGCAAAGAGAGUCUGGACCCUCCCCUUCCUAUGUGAACCUGAGCUGAUGGCGAGCUUGGACCACCCCAACGUGAUCCAGCUCUUCCAGGUCAUUGAGACCAACAGGUACAUGUACAUUGUCAUGGAACAUGCAGGUGGGGGACAUCUCCGGAGCCUCGUCCCGGAACCCGGAGGCCUGGCGGAGGAGGAGGCCCGCAGGCUGUUCCGAGAGAUCGCGGGAGCCCUGCGGCACUGCCACGAGAAGGGCAUCGUGCACCUGGACCUCAAGCCGGAGAACGUGGUGCUGGACGCCAGGGGCCAGGCGAAGCUCAUCGACUUCGGCCUGAGCACGCGCGUCAGCCCCGGGCAGAAGCUGAGCAGGUUCUGGGGCACGCUCCUCUACUCCGCCCCCGAGGUGGCCCUGCGGGAGGACUACGAGGGCCCCCCGGCCGACGUCUGGAGCCUGGGCGUCGUCCUCUAUUUCAUGCUGACCGGGAGCCGCGCCUUUCUGGCCAACACGGCCCGCGAGGUGAGGCAGCGGGUCACCGAGGGCGCCUACGACGUGCCCCCGCACCUUUCCCAGGGCGCUCAGAGCCUCAUCCGGGAGAUGCUGACGGUGGACCCCGCGCAGAGGCCCACCCUGGAGCAGGUGCUGGGGCACCCGUGGCUGAGCCAGGGCGCGGAAGCGUCACCCGGUCCUGGCGAGGCGCCCCCGCUCCUCCCGGACCCAGCCAUCGUCACCACCAUGUUCGACCUGGGUUACGACCCCUACGACAUCUGGGUGUCCCUGUCAACUAAGAGGUACGACGACGCCAUGGCCACGUAUCUCCUGCUCAAGCACCAGCGCAGCCAGGGCGCGGGCUGCCAGUGCCAGGUGAAGCCCGUGCGGCGUCGGGGGCUCGGGCCUCGCCCAGGCCCUGGGCCUCCCUGCACCCUCCUCCCCAAGAGGUGUUCCAGCGAGCCUGCCCUUCCCUCGCCCCGGGAGCAGCAGCAGCCCGAUGAGGCCAAGCGGACCUGGCAGGAGGGGGGUGGCAGUGCCAGCGUGCCUGCCAUUCCCCUCCGCUUUUUCCACUUGGACCCACCCCCUCCCAGCCUGGCCUCCCAGCCCGACCCUGUGCCCAGCAGCCCCGACCCAUUCCUGAGCCUCAGGAGCGGGGUCGCAGAAGAGGGCAGCUCAUCCUCCCCAGGUACCUCCCCAGAACAGUCACAGGAUUGCAUCGGGCGUUGGAAGAGGGUGAUGAGGAGGAUCUCCAGCUGCUUCAGACAGCUGUGCUGCGUGCCGUGCUUCGGUCCGUCAGUGCUCAAGAACAGAGUGGUUCCAGAGGAAAUGCCCAGCCGAGACCAGCGGGACCAGCGGACAGCCAGGAGACCCUGA